AGGGGAUAAUGCCUGUGAGAUUACAAAAUUUGAAAAGGACAUAAUUGUUGUGUGGUAUCUGUUUUAUUACACAUUACCUGACAAGCUACAAUAUAAUUGAUUGAGUGACACAGAAUUUUUCAGUCACCACAGUGGAUAGUAUAAAUCAUAAAUAUUAUAAAUCAACCAAUUUUAUUGUUUCAGGGUAGAUCGUUUGGCUGUGUGUUGGCUGAAUGUUGAUACGCAGCUGUUGCCGUGACUACCAUGCAAGGGCUGGAGUUGGCGAGCGAGGAGGCUGAUCAAUUGCUGCGGACUGCCUCGGAGCGAGCGUACAGUGUGCCCAGUGUCAAGUGCUCCGGCUUCUCUAUAUACCAGAAGCUGAGACAAUUGUACGUGGAGGAGUCUGCUAAGACCUCUCUCCAGCCACUCCAGUACCUACGGCCGAGCUCUCACCUGCUGGAGAAGCUGGUGGCCCGAGAACGACUCAAUACUCUGGUGCUGAAUCUGUAUCCAGGCAACAAGGGCUACUCUCUGUGUCUCCAGAUGGGGCGAGACAAUAGUAUAGAAACCGUCAAGUUCCCUUACGAGGAAGACCAACUGUUGUCGUACGUAGACAAUGAGGAGUUGCCGCCUGCGGUGGCCGACCUCUUGGAGAGCAAACAUCCCGAACUCUACUACAGCGGCUGUGUCAUCGUCAAGGUGCGGGACUACAGACAGACGUUUCCUCACUUUAUGUGCGACACUCACCACGUUCUGCUCAGGCCAACCACUCAGAGUGUGAUAAAUGACGUGAACUUGGUGACCUCUGAAGGAGAAUGGACACCAGAGGAAAGGUUGGCACUGGAGAGUCAACUGGUGAUGGCAACAGCACCACCUCUGUGUCUAGACCCUUCACCUGCCGUGAGUCUGGUACAGCAGAGGCUACAUCACAGGCGGCAUGCUCUCAACACCCCUGCUUUAAGAUGUGCAGCAAAACAGCAUGGCCAAAUCGCAGCUAACCGCAAGCGUAAGCUGGACCAGCUGGCAGCUAAACCUCUACCUCACCUUGCCGACUUUAUCAGCCGACGUAAGACACAGCCGUCUCGACUUGCAGCAAGGCAGCAGCAGGCGUCCACCGCAGCCAAGCAGCUCAAGAAGAAGGUGGAGGUAAACGGUGGAACAAGCAGCACUACUAGCGGUAGCAGUAUAGACUACUGGAGUGACGUGCAGAGGUUCGCCAAGCCACUGGACAGGCCCAUAGAGACGAUAGACUGUACACCGUUGCUGGUAGAGGAGUAUAUCCUGGAGACGGAACGUGGUCCAGGCCGAGUCUACUACAUCAAGCUGUCGAUAAUGCAAAGGCCCAGUAACUGUGAGUACUUGGGCCAACUGUAUGUCGACAAGGAGUACAGAGAGGGCGAGAGCAACGGUGCUUCCUGCAGGUUUAGCCUGGGGUCCCGAGCACAAGCCAAUCGUUACAUCCAGCAGUUCACGGAGAUCUUCACAGAGGAGGGUCGCAAGUCUGUGAGGAUCACUCAUGUGGUGCCGGGUCAGCCGGCGAGGGUCAUCUGUACGGCCGGCAUGCGUGAGCGGGACGCCAAGAUGGCUGCUCUGCAACAGCAGACGCUCAAACAAGUGUUGAGUGCCAUGAACCAACAACAGCAGCUGAAGCUUCAGAAGGCAGUGCAAGCCCAGAAAGAGCAGCAGGCACUGGCAGAUAGUUCAGGGACAAUCAACGGUCUGAUAACAUCGGUAGCCGUGCAGAACGGGCCCCUGGCUAACGGUGACGUGGCUUCCCCCUCCACUCACACCCCUGUGGCUGUCCAGACUCAGCAACCGAGCAAACCACUGAUCAUGACCAAUCCUGCCAUCAGUGCUUUAGCCAAUGAUCUCAAGAACUCCGCUCAGCAGUAUCAGCAGCAGCAGCAGGCCGCAGCUAAUGCAGCUGCAGCAGCCGCCGCCGCCGCUGCCGCAGCGAGUGCAGUAAAUGUUGCCAGUGGUGCCAACCCUACAGUGAACUUUGUGGCCAGCCAACAGUCCAACAACCACCACAACAAUGCAGCCAUUCUCAGCCUGCUGAACAACAACAGCGGGUCCUCUGCGGCUGCCGCCAAUCCUACCCUCAACCAGCUGUUGAACAAUGUGAUAUCUCCCUCGUCCAAACAGCAAGUGUUAACGACUAGGAAAAUGACAUUAACCAAUUUAAUUAACCCUCGGUCGAUAGCGAUAAAUCCCCAGUCGAGUUCGACGAACCAAGUGCAAGCGCAGUCAGUGCGAGUGUCGUUGUCGUCCCUAACGAACCAACUGUCUUCCCCUCCCUUAACUCAGCAGAAGGCUAGGAUAGUGCCUGCGACAGUGCAGUAUAGUGGCAGGAGAUUGUCGGACUCUACUCCUGCUGCGACCUCGUCCAGCCUGGGCCUCUCCAUGCCUGGCCUCUCUGCCCUCCUAGCAGGGACACCAUCUGCCGACAACCCCGUGCCAGGAGCCAGCAGUUCCAACUCUGCGUUGCUAGAGCGACUGUCCACACCCCCCUCGUAUCCCUCGUCUAGUCCAAAGCCUCCUCCUGCCCCCUCACCCACCGCUAUCAACCUCAACCUGGCCAGUGUGCAAGGAGCCCUGGCCUCCAUCCCCGGCCUGCAGAACGUUCAGGUAUCCAUACCAGGGCUGGCUGUCCCCAUAUCCAUGUCCCUCAACAACUCAUCGCCUCACAUCGUCACCUCUCUGCCCGUCACUGCCUCGUUGCCUGUGAGUAUUAUGACCUCUAACAACCUGGCUGGUGUCUCAGUCAGUGGGAACUCCCCCACAGCCACUCUAGUGUUCACCAACUCUACCCCAGUGACAGCACAGCUGCUGACGUCAGGCAAGAGUCAGGCCACCGCUCAGACCAUUCGAACUUCUAGCACUCCCACCACCUGCAACAUCGGUGGGCAGUCAAUACAGCUGGUGGGCACAAUCCAGAGGCCGAGGGCAGUGGUGGCUACGACAGCCAGCAAGCCCACACUCAAGGCUAGGUCAGUGAUAAACAACCAGCGACACACACUCAAGGUCACUCCAGCCAAUACAGUUGUGCGAGCGGCCGAUGUGAGCGGAACAAGCGGCCAGGUACUGACUCUCUCCCCUCAUUCGCAGAUACAGAUACAGACUCUGCAGAAACAGGCUCUGCAGCUGCAGCAGUUCCCUGCGACGCAGCCCGCAGCCAUCGCGGUCAAACAUCAGCGCCGGCGCUCCACUGCCUACAACAAGUAGCAGCAAGUAGCUGCUGCCUUUAUACCUCCCCUGUUGUCUGUUGUAUUCUGUUCUGUACAAGUCGAUUCGAGUCUACAGGUCUUGGCUUAUUUUAUAAUAUAAACAAUUCAAGUUUGUUUAGCAUCACGUUUUGUAAUUAUUUAACAUGGCCAGUAAUGCGUUAUCAGAAAAAGUUGGAGUAUGUUGUCUCCAACUCGGCUUGUUCACUUUAACAUAAUCAGUUCUCUGUUAAUUGUUUUAGUAAAAAUUAGACCUAAUCUUCUGUUUUAUGUAGUUAUCUAUAACAGUGCUUGGAAGCAGUCGCUAGCUAGGCUAGCUGCAAAAAUACGCAGAUACCGCAUAGUGGUUCACACAAAUUCAAUGUAAAAUAUACCUGCUCUUUCGUAAUAAGAUCGUAAAAUGCUCAAAACAUUUUUUAUGUAUUUAAUGAUAAUUUUUCAGUUGAGGUGUGUGAGUUCAAACAUAUUUGUGCCACCCUGCUUGUUUAAUCUCAUGUAGGAAAAAUAAUAUAUGCAACAUGGCACAAACAAAGCAACAAACUGGCGUGGUACGAAGAACAUGGACUUUAGUUAUAUAAACAAAGAUCGCCACAUUCUAACAUGGCAUAAGUAAUGAAAAGGUAGAGAACCGUGUCCUUUCAUUCAAUUUUACUUUAAAAUAUGAAUAUAUAGAAAGGAAAAGGGGGUUCCCAAAAGUUUUCGCUCUUUGGUCAACAAUAAUUUAGAUUAAUAAAUUUCAAUUACUAUCUAUUCCAACAUAUUUAUUAUUUAAAUAUUCUACAUCAGCUUCUAAUUUUACUAGUUAAGCUAAUGUAGCUGGUGUCAUAACUAACAUCUAAGUUUUCCAGUUCACACUGUGUCUACACAUUGCUAACACAACUUAAACUUUUAGACAUUCAGCCUUUUCAGAACUGACAGGUCGGUUUGCUGACAGUUUUAUUGUUUAACGUCUGUUGACUGUAAAUUGCUUUCCAGUGAGACGAUAAGUCUCGAGAUGCUUGCAAGCAAUGUUCCUCACAGUGUGAGCUAGAAAACUUGGAUCAUAAUCAGCUCGUAACAUCCAUGUAAGCUGUACAACCGAAAUAAAAAGAGCUUAAACUGAGUCUUUGAUUGUAUUGUAAUUAAAGUUCAAUAAUUAGGGCUUUAUUUAAUGGUGCGAGAGUUUUUAAAAUAUAACCAAUCUCAGCUUGACUCACACACCUCUACUGUUUACAAAAUUGUAAAAAAAGAAUGCAUGAAAAGAAUUGUAAACCAAAAAGAUUUAUUACUGAAAAUAAUUUAAAUUGACAAAUCAUGUUACAUAAUGUAGUUAUCACAAGGGUAAAAGGUACAUUAUUGUAAAAAUAAUUGAAGUUAAUUACUAAAAUGAUUCAAAAUAAUGAUUUUAAUAUAUUUUAGAAAAAAAUGUUCGGACAACAUUGCAACAAGUCAUUGUUGAACUUAAAAUAAGUUAAAAAUAUUUGCUUCUACGAUAUUAAGAGUUUGAAAACAGAAUAACGGUGUAAGAUAUUUAACAAUAAAUAUGAAUAUCUAUAAUAAGCAUUUACAAUAUAAUCAUCAAAUUAUCGCAUAAUAGAGGUUAAUUUUUGUGACGUUAGCCCUCGUUGAAAGUGUAUAUAAUAUGUUUACCCAGCAACAAUGCAUAAUGACUGGUUGUUCCUCAUUAGUAACAAAUAAGAUUUAUGUUAUGUUAUUUUCUUAUUUUUAUAUGUUUGUACCAAUUUUUUUUAGUUGUUUAUCAGUUUUUUAGUACAUUUAUUCUCAAAGCUACAUGAGUGAUAUUAUACUUUACUGAUUGUGUACGUGAAAAUGUUGUAUGUAAAUCUCCGUACUUAUUUAUAAUAGUGAAGUUUCUCUUAUGUAAGCAAUGUUUAACUCGGUUAUAAAUAGCUGUGCUAAGAACAAAUGAAAGCAUAUCAGUAAUACGAACAUUGUCACUGCUCAUGUAAUAGACGUUAGACCGGAUCCAACUUAAAAAAAUGUAUUUCAGUCAUUACGUGGAUAGUUAUUGUUCUAUGUACUUAUUUUUAGUUUUGAAAAGCUGCUAAAUUACAUAUAAAGUAUUCUAAUGGCUCCAUUUUAGUUGCAAUUUGCGUAACGGUAGUUAUUGUUCCAAUAGUAUGACACUAAUGAACAAAAUAUAAAACUACGUUUUUUCGGAAGUACCGACUUAGUUGUGUUCAGCAACUGGUACACCAGGUCGGAGAAGGUUAAUAUACUUGAUAUAUGGGUGGAAGUAUUUCUACAAGUUUGCAAUGUGUAGUUGAACUUUUGUGUGAUGAAAUUAUAUAAGCUGUGUUGCAUGUAUAAUAGAGGAAAAGGAGAUCAUAAUAACACAAGUAGUGAAAGAGCCAAGAGUCAAUUUACAUUUUAUAAGCACACAACCCAUUUUUUUCAUAAAAUCAAUAAAAGAAUUUCUCUUGAGAAUGAAAUCAUGCCAGUUGUGCUAGUCAUGGUGGGUGUUGAAAUAAAAGGGUUCGUGAAAAUUAUAAUUUAUUUUUUUAUGUCUCAGUAUUUUUCACCUUGACAUAAUAUCCAUUUAAGGUGUACAAUCAAAACAAAAAGAGUGUAAAUCAAGAUUUAAAUGAGUCUUUUAUUGUAUUGUAAUCAUGAAUGCUGGAAAUUCUGAUUCUGAAACUUAAAACAACCGUCAGACACAUAAAGUUAUAGUUAUAUCUACAUCAGCCAACAAUUUAGACUGAAAGACACCAUUUUCAGCCAAAUAGUCGGUCGUAAUAUGGUCGGCUGAUGUCGAUACAACCAUUAUUUACGUGACUGGUUUGUCAAAGCUGAACAAACAUGAUGUGAGAAAAAUUGUCAUUCAAUAUUUUGAACCCUUUCAAACCAUCCAAUUUGGACUGUAACAAAAUUAGUGUGACUGAGAUCGGUUUCUUUUGUGGGAGAAAUUCCUUCACUGUUUUCAUAAAAAAUUAGGCAGAAUGCUCAUUCAGUACGAAUUUGCUCUCAACUUGUAGAUUUUAGCUUUGAUUGCAUUAACUAAAAAUCAUCUAAUGCUUUAAAUUGAGGGACGUAAAACAUGAGUGAUCGGACUGCCCUCUGUGGAGUAAGAGGGUCAAGUUGUAAACGUUUAUAAACAGUAACAAUCUUAGUGAUGUGGUGCAACCCUAGCAUCGGACCUCAGAAUUGAUUGAAAUAACCUCAACAAACCCCAAGUUGUCUCCUUUGUAACUAAUACAAUCAGAGACUAUAGUGUCUAACUAGAAAGUAUUACAAUUUUACAUGGUAGAAAUUAGUGGAGAUAGCGAACUACAAUGUGGCGGUCCAGUCCAUUGUAUCACUGACAUGCAUCACAAUGUCAUUUCAUCACACAGAAAUUCAGCUGUGUAUAACAAAUAAAAAAUAUUAAAAGAGGAGCUGACGAGAAUUCUGACAGUAUAUUCAAAGUAGUUAUAGAAUUUUGUGAUUAAAAAUUUAGACCUCAUCAUUUUGUAAUUAUUUUUUUUAAUCUGUUAGAGAAGAUGUUUGAGCCCGUAUAUUAUUUUUGAUAAUUUGACAGCUUUAUUAAUGAGUAUAGUAAAAAUCAUAGAAAUUAUGAUAAGCUUAGCAUUUAUUCCAUCACCAUUUUAAAAUCAGAUGUGUAGCAAGACAAUAAAAAAUGUACGGACAAGAUGAAAAAUUAUGUAGCAGGACUAUUUGUAAUUUAAUUGCCAUCCAUUAUCAAAUUUCUACAAAUCGUAGCGAUUGUUUGUAUUUUUUAAUAUUUAUUUAUACUUAUUUAUUCUUAGAUCCAUAGAUUUUUUACAUACCAAACUUAUAAAUACUGAAUUUAUAGUUCAUAGUAUAAUAUAUGUAAGCUAUGUACAACUAUCACAUAUUGUGUUAUCACUGUUUGAAACUAUUAGAACUUUUUUGGGUAAGGUGCUUGUAUGGUACACUUAAGCUGGAAAGUUGUUUACGAUAUUUCUUAAUAUGCUAAUUAAGUGAUUUGUUUUCUUGGAAAUUGUUAAGAAUUAUCAAAAAUAGAACACAAAGAUAUAAAUAAAGAAAACCAUCCAAAAUACUUCAUGAGCAAUCAAAAGGAAUGAUAAAUUUCAUAUUGUAUAGCAUAACCUUUCCUGGUGUAUUGUUACGAACAAUGAUAAAUAUUUGUGGUUUUAAUUUUUAACAAUCAUAAAAAAAUAUUACAAAAAAUAAUUAGUAACAAAGUGAGUCACAACAUUUACUAAACUUAUUAUUAACACCUUUACUGAUGGUCUCAAUGACUUUGGAUCUUGUAAAGAUUCAGCAAGACGUAGGGCAUCUCCUGCAGUCAAUAUGUUAAUUAUAAUAUACUGUAUAUUUGUCUUUAUUAAUAAUGAGUAUUCUCCCUCAACUGAUAAAGAUCCUAAAAAUGACUUCAUUAUUUUCAUGUAAAGCUGUGAGUUCCAGUAGUUCAUGAAACUCACUUUAUGACUAUCCACAAAAUGUUAAGAUAAUUUUCAUAACCUUUUCUGUUACACUGAUUCUCUUCUUAUGGUCAUUAUUUAUAUUUGUGAGUAAAAUGUUCAAACAAUUUCUCUUGAUAAGAAUCAAUUAACCUAAAAAUUCAAUUACUGGCUUUUGGUUACUUGAAACUUUGGUGUAAUUUGAAAUUAAAAGGAGAAAAUCAAUAUUUAAAAUGUUAAGUUUAUUGUACUAUGUAAAAGAAGCAUUACAAACAAAUGGCAACUUUAAAAAAAUUAAUAACCUGGAUAGCUACGAUAAAUUUUUUUUAACGAUUUGGUUCGUUGGUACAUAACCAAACUGUAUAUCUAAUGAAAGUAUGAAGUAAAAAACGGUAUUAAUAUUACAUAUUCAAUACGUUAAGUUGUUUAUUACGUUUUACAACAUACUGCUUACAUUACUUCACUUAAUGUAAUAAUUAUAACAUAUAUUUUGCAGCUCUUUUAAAUUAGAGUUUUAUUAUCAAUAUACCAGGAAAGGGGAGUAAUACAAUUUGAAAACUUGUUUGUGAUUAUUGAUUCAAUAUUAUUGUUUGAGACGCUUGCUCCAUGUUACAUACUGUUUUUAACUGUUUGAGAAAUUCUUGUGGUGAUUGUUAUAACUAUAAGUGUUUUCAGGUAACGAGUGUACCAUAUCUUCUGUCCAGUUUUAAAGAUAAAUUAAAGACAGUCGAAUGUAUAUGCUAGUAUGUUGAUUUUAGUAAGCCCAGCUUUGUAAAUUUAUUGUUAAGUAAUUUUAAUUGUUAAAAUGUGUAUAACAAGCCCACGUUAAAUUAUAGUAUUGGUGGCGGGCAUCGGCCUUAAUGGAUGAACAGAUUGGGAUUGAUAAAAUGCAUGCACCGACUUUAUAAAGUUAGAAAUUAUAUUUAAAAAUUGUAAGUCUCGAUAAGUUAUAUAUUAGUUAAAUUGUUAUGUAAAUAUUGUGUAUUUUGCUGCUAAUAUUUAUUUAGUUGACUGUUCUAGUCAGUUGCAAGCUGCGCGGUUGUGUAUGACUUGUGUACCUGCUCCCCCCACUAUGUAUGCUUUCUCAGAGAAAUGUUUAGUUCAAAUAUCGAUGUAGCCUAGUUGUUUGUAAAUAAUGUUUGAGUUGUAUCACCGCCGUGGUCACAUGACCCGGACUAAGAGCUUCUACUGCCCAUAAAGCCACCAUUGUCAGUGUUCCUCUGGAUCUGUAUAAAUAUAUGUUCCUGUGACAAAUAUUUUUAUACCGACAAAAUAUUCAACUGCUGUUGAUAAUGUUUCUGUAUUUUACAAAUUACUAGAUAGAUAGAAAAUACUUUUCCGAAAAAAUAAUUUUUGUUGUGUAGUCAGAAUAAAUCACUUUUAAUGAUUGUAAAAAAUUAACCCUGGCAGUGUUUAUAAGCUAGUUUGUAUUUCUGUAACAUGAUUCAAAUCUCGUGUUUCAGCAUUUACCAAAUAUUCUACUAAUGAAAUUCAAAGCAUACAAUUACUCUUGUCAAAUUUACAGUACUCUUUAUGUAACAAAUUUAUUGACAAUAACUGUGAAAAUCAUAAAUUUUAAACAGCAAACAAUUAAUAAUUUUUCAACUAAGUGAUAUAAUGUGUAUGUUUUUUAUCCUACUUCAGAAAACAGUACCAAAAUGCAUUUCAAUGGGAAUACGUUUCCAAAACAUAUUGUGUACGUUCAGUAUACGUACUAUACUGUCCAUUCACUUAGUCUGGACUUCUUACACAGUUAAUUAUUAUAGAUUUCACACAUUUGUUUGCCAGUAAGAAAUGCUUUGAGUUUUCCAUUUAUUUGAUCACACACAAUUGCAAUUAUUACCUUUAUAAAAAUAGUUCAAAUAAGGUGUAAAAUAACAAAUUUAUAAAAAAAGUUAGGUGAACUUUAUAGAGGACCUGUACUAUAUAAGACUGACUGUAUGUAAUAAAGUAGGGAUGAGCCGAUCCCGAUUCUAGAGCCUCGUUUGUAAUGAUAUGAAUAUAUUGACAAUUCUUGA